GCUGCCUGCAACCUUGAAUGUACCUCUACUAAUUCCCGUCUCCUCGUAAGAGACCUAGGCAGAAGGGCCUUUGCCUCUUCCGCCCGAAGGUCCUUCGUCAGCUGGCAAUGGGGGACAUCAAUUCUAUCACCGAGUUACUCCUGCUUUACGAGAUUCUUCGCCAUCAGCUGUCCACUGUCCGGCUAGUAGAUGUCGACAAAAUCCGUGAGACGAACCUCUACAGGGAAAACAGAGACGAAACAGACGGUUCUCAGGAAGAAUGUUUCGAUCCUAUCGGACAGGCUCCUGUCAACAGUGCAGAGGGAUACUGGUGCUACACACGUCUUUUUUAUGAUAGAAAAGGAAAGCCGAUACGGAAAGUGCCGGUGGGCAAAGGCAGCUGGAAUCUGCGCCUCACAGAGUCCAUGGAGAGUGGAGAUGGAAAAAAGUGGUGCAAGCGAAAAUUAAAGUAUGACAAGAAUGAAGUUGACACACUCAAGUUCAAAAUGACACAAUAUUCGCUUGGAGGAAAAGAUGAUAAGCCCAGCUACGCUAUCUGUCAGAUUUCUAGAAGCACUGAUACGGCAGCUGCAUUUCAGGGCGCCGCAGGGGACUCUCGUCCUCCAGGUAUAGGUCAGAGGGAUCUUUUCCAAAACGACGUUGUACCACCAGAUAAUUCCACUCUUCAAGGAGACAUUGCUGGUGAAAGCAAUGACAUUCUGCAGGGACCUCAGAUAAUUCCACCAUAUGCAGUUCAUCCCUCUCAAAACUACGCUCCAUCUAUGAUCCAUCCACCAUCCAUCUAUGAAAAUUUGACUAAGAAAAGGAAAUUUCUUGAAAUCCGUGAUCCAUCUGAUGGAACGAGCUGGCCGAUUGAAGAUGACAGGAUGAUUGGAUUCUUAAAAAUGUUCAAGUCUGCCCCAGGUCAAAGCACGCAUGAAAUUCGUCAGCCAAAUUCUGCAUCACCUUACAUAGGCACUGAAGACAAUCAAUGUACUUUUCCAAAUGAGACUGCCAUGCACCAAGACCGGUAUUUAAGCCAUCAGUCUUUCAUGCCAAAUCAAGAAAGUUUACUUGCCGACAAUCCGUAUCAGCAAACACUUCUUCCUACGACUACGACCAUCUUUCGCUCUGAAGGCGAAGCAAACCACGGGGAUGGGCAUUUCACCUCAUACCGGCCACUUGAUGAAAAUCAACAGCCGCAUGUUGAAUCACUUAACAUGGGCAUUAUGCACAAUCAAAUUACUAUGCAGGCAUACCAACGGAAUAUUGCGUAUCCCAUCGAUCCCUUCUACACACCUGGUGAAAGUUCAACUGGCCACAGUCAGAUAUUCAGUGCUGAUAAUGUUCCUACCUCUGUUGCAAACAGUAAUCUAUUUCAAGGUACUGAUGAUCCGGUUAAAGAACUAGAGCAACGGCAGGGGUUUUUGCCGGACUGAGGAUGUAGCGUGCCUCUAAUAUUUUCUGAUUAAGACCUCUUUAUAUGUUAUGCUGUAGACGAUGGACCAAUGCUGUGCUCAGAACUCCUCUAGGUCAGAGCGUUUUGGUUGUUGGUGUUUCAGUGUUUACUUGGGAUAAUUUGUCUUCUACUUUUUUUUGUGAACAGGUUGAUUGUCUUAUGAUCUCUGUCCAUUGAUUAGUGCUA